AUGGGAUUAUUGAUUCGUAAAAAGAGCAAUUAUUUGAUAAUCGGAGGCUAUGGCUCAUUUGAAAAGCGUUUAGCAAAUGUCUUGUUGGAUUCUAAUCCAGAGUGCUUUGUAACGAUUCUACAGAGUGCAAUAAAUGAUUCAUUUCCAUUAUGCAGUGAUAUUCAACAGCAAUCCUCCGAACGUUUGCAUUUUCUUAUUGGUGAAUAUUCAAAUGAAAAUUUAAUUAUGGAUAUCAUUCGUGAUCACAAUGUGAGUUGUUAUUCAUUCAUUCACAAAUUGCAUGAGCAGUUCCUCAUCAUCACGGAUGUGUUUAUAUUACCGCUUUGGAAUGCUCAAAGUGAAAACACUGGGAAACUGGAGAAUAUUCGGACCAGUUUGUGCGGUAUAACUCAUUUUCUGGAGGCAAUACGCACCGCCCCAAAAUUGGAUUCAGUCGUUUUCAUGAGCUCGGAACAGUGUUGGUGUCUUCAGGUGUUUGGAAAGCUCUCACAAAAAACUGAAACGGGAACGAUAAUGCCAAUAACAUUUCAUGCAGCUACAUUAGGCGCUUGUGAAGCGAUGAUAAACUCAUACGUUAUCGGUUACAAUCUACCAAUUAUAAUUGCUCGUACAUCUUCAAAGAUUUUCGGAGCAACAAUAAGUUGGAAUACUAUCACACAGUCAUCAACUCAAAGUGAUUGUGCCGAAAAUGUUAUUGAUGUACGUGAUGUAAUUCAUGGACUGCUGGCUUGUGCAAAUAAAGGUAAACCUGGAGAGAUAUAUCAUAUUGGAGGUGAAAGAGAAGUAACACUAACACAAUUGAAGCAACUUUUAGAGAAGUUUCGAUCUGGUGAAAAAAUCACUGAUGCUGAUCUACCCACAGCUUCAAUGAGCGUUCAUGAUACAUACAAGCAACUUGGUUGGCGUCCACAAAUAUCGCUUCUUGAAGCCGUCAAAAAUUCUCACGAUCAGCACAACACCAAUCGAUUGACCACUAAAGUAGCUGCUCAGAAUGUUCCAUUAAAAUUUCUGGUUUAUGGUGCUCGAGGAUGGAUCGGAGAGCAGUUUGUUAGAAUACUUAAAGACAAGAUGAUUGACUGUAUAAUUGCGAAAAGAUAUCCUGGAAAGGAUGAAGAUGAACUGAUACUCGACGAAAUCGUCCAUUCAGCACCAAGUCAUGUGGUGAGCAUGAUUGGGCGCACUCAUGGCGAUGGUUGUAAUAAUGUUGAUUAUUUGGAAGGAGGUCCAGAUAAAUUGAAUGAAAAUGUGCGUGAUAAUUUGUAUGCACCAUGUCUGUUGGCAAGUAUUUGCAAUCGUUUGCGAAUACAUUUUACUUAUUUGGGAACCGGGUGUAUUUUUGAGUAUAAUGAAUCACAUCAGUACGAUGGUAAAGGAUACACGGAGGGUGAUUAUGGUAAUUAUUCGGGUACAAGCUAUUCUGCAGUUAAGGGUCGAACUGAUUGGUUGAUACGAUACUAUACGACCACAUUGAACGCUCGUAUUCGGUUGCCCAUCAAUUAUGACCUCGAUAAGAGAAAUUUGAUUGCGAAAAUGAUCACUUUCAAUAAGGUAUUUGAUAUUCCUGAUUCGGUAACACUCCUUCCCGAUUGUCUUCCCAUCCUUCUCGAUCUCGCCAUCAAUAGAUAUUGUGGUACAAUCAACUUGGUGAAUCCAGGUCCAGUUCGUUAUCCACAAAUCAUAGACCUUUAUAGGAAACUUGUGGAUCCCAACUUAAAAUGUGAAGUGGUUAAACUUGAGGUAAACAUUUUAAAUUUUAAGGAUGACAAAGUACUUCGUUCUCGUGCACAUUGCACGCUUGAUAGCAGUCAGUUGGAGCAUCUCUAUCCAUCAGUUCGAAUGGCGAUUGAUGGCAUAAAAGAAGCAGUGAUCAACAUUGGUACUCAAAAUCGGAAGAAUAUUCUCAAGAAAGCAUAA